UUUCAUAAGGAGCAGUUGCAUGAGGGUAGAGUGAGUUGCAGAAAGUGACAACAUAUAGAGAAAAUGAUACAGAUAAGAAACAGGUCUAUGAUGUGGGUAGUGGGUUCAUUACAUACAUUUUGUAAAUAAGCAUCCCUUCAAGACGAUAUUAUUACAAAUAAUAACUUUAUUUUCACAGUGAGAAUUACGAUAUUCUGAUUUUGAGUAUAAAUAUAAAUUGUUUGUGCACAUCCCAAAAAGUGCUAUUAGAUACUGACACCAUGGUGCUGGUAGCCUGAAUAAAUAGAAAGGGUGUGAGCAGAGCACAUGUCCCACAGGUAAUCAUGUGCCAGAGUUGCCUUCUGUAGAGAAGUGAUAGAACAGAAGGGGGAAGGGGAAUUUGGAAGUCUGCAAAGUUUUGCAGCCGGCACUUUGCACCCGGGGCUAAAUUUACACGGACACUGAGGGGAUAAAGAAAGUUAAUGAUAAAGGACAAGGAGUGCAGCACAUGAGCAGGAGCUCAAGAGACUGUGACUUUUUCAUACUAACCGUUUCACCUGAAGACACUUGGGGAUUCAUAUCUAAAGAGAAAAGCUAAUAAAAAGGCUUCCUAAAAUGGAUGGAGAGGUGGAGAAGCAGCUGCUACUGAGUGGGGAGAAAUGCUCCUAUUCUGGAAUCCCAGGGAAGGAUUUACAUAGCCAGGUGUUCACUUAUAUAUCCGAUUUAAAUGGUAUUGAACUGGGUCAUCAGGAGAACCAGCACUGUCAUUCUAACCGGGAACAGGAUGAUUGGAAUAGCAAAGAGAAAAAGAGGGCCCGUCGGAAGUUGUAUGUGGCAUCAGUGGUCUGCUUGUUGUUCAUGAUUGGAGAGGUGAUCGGUGGGUACUUGGCACACAGUUUAGCAAUCAUGACAGAUGCUGCUCACCUUCUGACAGACUUUGCGAGUAUGAUGAUCAGUUUAUUUGCUCUGUGGGUGUCCUCAAGGCCAGCUACUAAAACAAUGAACUUUGGCUGGCAUCGGGCAGAGAUACUGGGAGCACUCCUCUCUGUUCUCUCAAUCUGGGUCGUGACUGGAGUCUUGGUCUACCUGGCUGUGGAGCGUAUAAUAUCAGGAGAUUAUGAGAUUGAAGGUGAUGCUAUGCUGAUCACCUCAGCCUGUGCAGUUGCAGUCAAUAUUAUAAUGGGGGUAACUCUUCACCAGACAGGGCAUGGACACAGUCACGGAGCUGGAAACUCCCAUUCUCACUCCCAUGGUGUUGGAGAUCACAGUAAUCCUAGUGUUCGUGCUGCUUUUAUCCAUGUAGUUGGUGAUUUAUUACAGAGCAUUGGGGUGCUCAUUGCUGCCUUUGUCAUUUAUUAUAAGCCAGAUUAUAAAAUUAUUGAUCCUAUAUGUACAUUCCUAUUUUCUGUGCUGGUUCUGAUCACAACGCUGACCAUCCUUAGGGAUGUCCUUCUAGUUCUAAUGGAAGGAACCCCUAAAGGAGUGGAUUUUAACCUGGUCAAGGACACCUUGCUCUCCAUCAAUGGAGUGAAAGCUCUUCAUAGUCUGCAUAUCUGGGCUCUGACAGUCUCCCAACCUGUGCUUUCUGUUCACAUAGCAAUCAAUGAGAAUGCAGACUCUCAGGCAGUACUGAAAGAGGCCAGUUCACAACUACAAAAUAAGUUUCACUUCCACACCACCACUAUCCAAAUAGAAAAUUACUCAGAUGACAUGAAAGACUGUCAAGAGUGCCAGGACCCUUCAGACUAAGGUCUGACCUUAAGGACUAUUUUAACCAUGAAGCUACAAUCUCCUUCUGUGAGAACCAUAUCUACCUUAGUACUGAUCUUCCACAGUGAUGAUUUUACUUACCUGCCUUACAUGGGAACUGUGAUCUAGCGUGCUAGGAUUCCACUCUGAGACUAAAUGCAGUCACUAACAUUCCUAGAAGUACUGGCUGGUUUUGAUGUCUGCUAGAAUGUAAUGUCCAUGUCUGUAUGAUGUUACACAAGCGCUGCUACACUCGUACAUAUCCAGAGAUUUCACAGUCUGAACAACAAAUAAACAUUUACAGAGACUCCAGUUUAAUUACAGAACAAAUAUUUUUAUUACAUUUUGUAUUACACGACUUAAUGUAAAAAAAACAAAAAACUAUUCUUUAUUGAAGCCCCUUUUUUAAUUUA